CUCCAAGUAUUCGGACUGACGGUGAAUGUAAUCAACCUCUUCACCUACAAGUCCAUCGGCCUUAAAGAGAGUUUGAAUAUUUCUUUCUGGAUUCUGGCUCUAUCGGACUUUAUGUAUCUCUUUUGCUGCGUCGUGUACACAGUCUGCUUCAUCCUAGCCAUCUCGCCCCUUCAACUGCAAAGCUCGAUUAACUUGUUCACACUAAUCAGUUGGCUCAGCUGGUACCAGUACAUCUUCCUGGACACGUCCACCUGUAUCGAAACUUACAUCGCCGUGGCCAAGUGCUGCUGCGUCGCCAUGCCGCUGAAGUUUAAAAAUGUCUUCACCUUCAAACGAACCGUUGCGGUUUGCGCAUGCGCAUUCGUCGCCAACGCCGCCCGCCACAUCCCGACCCUGUCCACCCACGGGCUUUACUUCCAAACGAACCCGGUUUCCAAUUCGUCACGUUUUUCUACG